AUGGAUGACGGUCAGAGCGGCGAUGUUGACGUCGGUAACUCCCUCCGCCUGCGUUCCCUAGACUCCCACUCCCUCGCCGACCAAGGUAAUGGCCGCCAACUUCAGGCCCUCCUCCAACGCAUGCGUGCCGCCCCAUCCGGGCCCAACCACGUCGACGCUGCGUAUGAUGACUUCACCAAGAUCAAGGACCGCUGCCGCGCCCUCUGCACCACCAUUCUGCAGGACGAGAUGCGUCCGCGCACCCUCUCGAAUGAAAUGGCAGAUCUGAAUCGCCGCGACUCAUCGGUGGGCUCGCCCGUCAGCAGCACUUCUGACCAACGCAGCUCCUUCAGCGGCCGCAGCUUGGCCGAGGUUGCGGCGACGGGUGCCAUCGCACCACCGGAUGCUCAUCUCGGGGCCAUCCGCGACUGGAAAAUGAGCCUCGAGACGCUGACCGACGCCUUCCGGACCAGCCUUUUGGAUACCUACAAGAGAUAUGAGCGGGAGGCGACGCCCGAAAUGGUCGACCUCAUGUUCAACAACAAGCGUUUUCGGAAAGAUGCCAUCGCCCGGAUGCGCAACGCCAACCUUACCCGCGUCCGCUCCGCCGAGGUCCAUUUUUUUCCUCGCUAUUCCAUCCGCUUUCGUAACUAUGACCAAGUCAAGCAGGAGCUGGACGAUAUUCGAAACCUUUUGCAGUCGGGCGAGUCGGGCAUAUCCCCAAACAGAGAGGUCGAAGAGUUUGCCAUAUCCCAACGCGGCGACGCCAUCCUCGAGUUUGCCAACCUCAGCAGAACGUGCCCCGAAGCCAAGGUCUUGCGCUUCCGCGUGACCUCGUACGCGCUCGCCGCAACGUCCCCCCUCUUUGCCCGCAUGUUCACCGACCAUGGCGUGCACCUAGACGUGCACGAGGACGAGGACAUCAGCGGCCAGUUGCCGCCGCCACCGACGCAGUAUGUUUGCCAAGACGGAACCGAAGCCAGACUCUACCGCAUGCCGCAGUUUGAGCUCAACCAUCUGGGAGCCAUGGAGACGCUCAUGCACGCCGCCCACCUGCACAUCGACAUGGUGCCCCGCGAUGUCGCCUUUGACCAGCUUGUCGCCAUUGCUGAGUGCUGCAUGCGUUACAAGAGCACCUCGCCGCUCGAGCUCCACGUCGAGCACUUUUGGUUGCCACAGUGGGUGCAAGAGGGCGCCGCAGAUAUGCCCGACGCUUUGCUCAUCAUCAGCUACGCCUUCGGCUCGCGCCAGCUCUUCACCCGCCUGUCCAAGAGUGCCAUCCUCAACCUCGUCGACGACGAGGACCUGCAGAGCAAGCCAUGGCCGACGAAGAUCAAGGAAAAAAUCUGGGCCGUGCGUUCUGCCAAGGUCGACCAGCUGUACGCCUCCUGCGCCGAGACGAUCCAGGAGUACAUCCGCCCGCCUGCCUGCGAUCUGGAGGAAAACGAAACCCGACCCAUUUCUGCAGCUCCCAUGCAGCUGACAUGGCCGUCGCGAUGUCCCAAGGGCAGCCACAGCUGUGAUGCGACUAACCUCGGCUGGAUGAUGCUCAUAUACAACGAGAUGAACCUCCUCCCGCAGAUUAUGCGUCCUACCGUGCUGGGGCAUCUGCCGCAGUCGCCGCCGCCGCGACCGAGGAGCCUCGCCCAGAUGAUCGCCGUACUUGAUCGCAUGCCAAGUCCCGCGUCCCCCACAAACCAUGGCGGCGUCUGCGACCCAAGCGCGGCCUUUCGGACGGUUGUGACUGAUAUUUACAAAAGCGUCACGGGGCUGACGCUUCACGACAUCAGCGGCAAGAGCCACGGUUGGGCACUUUCGAAGCACCUCGUGGCCGAGCCGGAGGUAUUCUCGGGAAUGGGCCUCGAGCGCGUGGUGACGGGAAAAGACGGCGCGCAUACCGUCCCGGCCAGGUUCCCGGACAGCGUGCGACUUCGAGUGCUGAGCGAGCUCGACCAGAUUGACGAUCUGCACGCGGCCGCGCUGAUGAGCCAUGACUUUUACGAAACCUUCCGGCGGCACGAACUGUCUCUGCUUCGAAGGUUUCUGCGAGCCGGUUCCAUGUACAGUCGUCAUGAUGACAACGCUGAGAACAAGGUGCUGAAGAGCGAGUCAGAGCGGAUAAAGUACCGACAAGCACAAGAAGUUGCCGAUGCUAUGACGCUUCGAAGCGAAGAUGGCGGCGACGACGACUGUAAUGACGCUGGAUAUCAUGGCGACGGUAGUGAUGAGGUCGGCAACAUGAGCGGAACAGGCACGCCCCAGUGUCGCGAGCUGCCUCCGCACAACCGUCCACUGUCAUCGAGCGCAUCUCCAACGCAGGCUGUCGUCUCCCCAGCCGCAGAGCCGACAAUGACGGAGGAGGAAGCUCGACGGAUCCUCUGGCCGGACUCAGAUCCGGAAACAACCCCUGCCGUUGUGCCACGGGGGACGGUCGGGUGUCGCGAAAAGUUUCGGCCCGGUGACCCUUCCUUUUCGGGGGUUGAGGAAAAGACGCUCGUGGUUAUGGGGGAGAAGCAGCUACGCAGUGAGCAUGAUCGACGAGUUGGCUUGAUCACCGAGAGCCAUAACCGGGAAUACAAGUGUGGUCACGGCGAACGACGUGUGGGCAAUCAUUCCGUUUGA